AAGAGGAAGAAGAACAUUCGCCCUCCUCCUACCAGCGCGCGGGCGGCGGCGGCGGCGGCACCGGGGUCACGAACUCUGACCUUUCACUGACAAAAACAAUAACAAACCCCCCCUUCCCCGCGACCCCGGCGGCGCUCCCGGGCCCGCCCCCGCCUCCGCCUCGGUGUCUUGUCCGUCGCCCGCUGCCCCGCGAGCCCACGGCCCCGGGGCUCCCGCCCGCCGCCGACGCCCGGAGCCCGGCCUCCCCGCGCUCUGCCCUCCGCGCCGGGGGCCGCCCGCCGCAGACACGGGACCUGCUUCGGGGCCGCUUUGGCGCCAAAGCCUGAGGUUCUCUAAUGAUCUUGCUUCACCAUGGCUACAAAUAUGGAGGGGCUGGUUCAGCACAGAGUGGGGACCCAGCAGGUGGCUGAGGUACCACGUACACAGACUUCUCGGCCGGAAUCUCCAGGGAUGACCAGCCCCUCCCCACGCAUCCAGAUAAUCUCCACCGACUCUGCGGUAGCCUCACCUCAGCGCAUUCAGAUUGUGACAGACCAACAGACAGGUCAGAAGAUCCAAAUAGUCACCGCAGUGGACGCCUCCGGAUCUCCCAAACAGCAGUUUAUCCUGACCAGCCCAGAUGGAGCUGGAACUGGGAAGGUGAUCCUGGCUUCCCCAGAGACAUCCAGCGCCAAACAGCUCAUAUUUACCACCUCAGACAACCUCGUACCUGGCAGGAUACAGAUCGUCACGGAUUCUGCUUCUGUGGAGCGUCUGCUGGGGAAGGCGGAAGUCCAGCGGCCCCAGGUGGUAGAGUACUGUGUGGUCUGUGGCGACAAAGCCUCUGGUCGUCACUAUGGGGCUGUCAGUUGUGAAGGUUGCAAAGGUUUCUUCAAAAGGAGUGUGAGGAAAAAUUUGACCUACAGCUGCCGGAGCAACCAAGACUGCAUCAUCAAUAAACAUCACCGGAAUCGCUGUCAGUUUUGCCGGCUGAAAAAAUGCUUAGAGAUGGGCAUGAAAAUGGAAUCUGUGCAGAGUGAGCGGAAGCCCUUCGAUGUGCAACGGGAGAAACCAAGCAAUUGUGCUGCUUCAACUGAGAAAAUCUAUAUCCGGAAGGACCUGAGAAGUCCUCUGAUAGCCACUCCGACAUUUGUGGCCGACAAAGACGGAGCAAGACAAACAGGUCUUCUUGAUCCAGGGAUGCUUGUGAACAUCCAGCAGCCUUUGAUACGUGAGGAUGGUACAGUUCUUCUGGCCACGGAUUCCAAGGCUGAAACAAGCCAGGGAGCUUUGGGCACACUGGCCAAUGUAGUGACCUCCCUUGCUAACCUAAGUGAAUCCUUGAACAAUGGGGACACUUCGGAAGUCCAGCCGGAGGACCAGUCUGCAAGUGAGAUUACUCGGGCUUUUGAUACCUUAGCUAAAGCACUUAAUACCACAGACAGCUCCUCACCAGCAAGCCUGGCAGAUGGGAUAGACACCAGUGGAGGCGGGGGCAUCCACGUCAUCAGCAGAGACCAGUCAACACCCAUCAUUGAGGUUGAAGGCCCCCUCCUUUCAGACACACACGUCACAUUUAAGCUGACAAUGCCCAGCCCGAUGCCAGAGUACCUCAACGUGCACUACAUCUGUGAGUCUGCGUCCCGCCUGCUUUUCCUCUCAAUGCACUGGGCUAGGUCAAUCCCAGCCUUCCAGGCACUUGGGCAGGACUGCAACACCAGCCUGGUGCGGGCCUGCUGGAACGAGCUUUUCACCCUCGGCCUCGCCCAGUGUGCCCAGGUUAUGAGUCUCUCCACCAUCCUGGCUGCCAUCGUCAACCACCUGCAGAACAGCAUCCAGGAAGAUAAACUUUCUGGCGACCGGAUAAAGCAAGUCAUGGAGCACAUCUGGAAGCUGCAGGAGUUCUGUAACAGCAUGGCAAAGCUGGAUAUAGACGGCUAUGAGUAUGCAUACCUUAAAGCUAUAGUUCUCUUUAGCCCUGAUCAUCCAGGUUUGACCAGCACAAGCCAGAUUGAAAAAUUCCAAGAAAAAGCACAGAUGGAGUUGCAGGACUAUGUUCAGAAAACCUACUCAGAAGACACCUACCGGGUCUGGACCUCCUCAUCGUGUGCCUCCCGCCAGCGUACAGUUCGCGUGUCCAGCCCUGGGGUCCUUCAGUGGCAUUGUGUGUGUACAGAUUUAUAGGCUGUAUGACAAUGAAUGUACAUGUGUUUAUAUCUGCUCUAUAUGUACAGUGUAUAUAGUGUAUGUGUACAUAGAUGUAUAUGAUGUAUACAGACAUGUAUCCAAACUUUCCCUGUUUCAAAGAGAGUUUUUGAUAAGAGUUGCUAAUGUAAACUGAUGUGGGUUUUCCAAGGUCCCUCAGCAGGGAAGAUUUGCUGGUGAUUUUAUCCAUUUUCCUUUGGGUGAGCCUGCCUGGGAAGGGCCAUGGAGUCAGAAUCUCCACCCUGCACAAGGAAGAAGUCCGGACAGAGAAGGUUCUGACAGGGUCACACUGCUCACUAUUCUCCAGGUUCAGACGAGGGCCAGGAAGCUGGAAGAUAGUUUAUCCUAAUGCCCAAAACUAAGUGGGGAUUUUUAACUUGCCUGUCAUGCUAUUUAUGACCUAAUCGGAAGGAACUUGGUGGCUAGCGCCAUUGGCCUUCCCAAAUACUCAAGAGCUCUGUCACACGGUGCUGACUCCGGAGGUGGUAGCAGUCUCCCAUGCUCACUCUGCUCAGUCAGCAAGAUUUGGGGCACUACCCUGUGGCUAAACAAAUAGAAGUUCCUAUCUCUAAUGACAGUUAAAAAUAAACAGUCUACCACAUAUUCUUUUUUAAAAAUAAGCAUGAAUGUUGAUGGCUAACCUUUGUGGCAUAUAAGCUACAAAGCCCACGUUACUUCUCAAACUGUAAGCAUAUGAAUGACAUUCAUUGACUUAAUGCCCUUCUGUAAAUUAUGAUUUAAACUUUUCAUAUAAAAUUUACAUUUUAAUAGGGAUAUAUGUGCUCUUAAAGCUACAGAUACCAAAUUUCCCUUGUCCAGGUGUAUUCUGAUCAAUUUCCCCCCUUAAUUGGGCUUUAAACUGAGACACGGCACUUGGGAGCAGGGCCCAGCCCAGCAGUAGAUGCUCGCAGACCUGGUAAGCAGGGGCCUGCCUGGCAGGAAUGUGGAAAGCUGGCCUGCUGAAUAAAAUCACUGGAUAACUGCAAAACUCACAUAACACACAGGCUGCUUUUUCUUUAUAAAAUAAGCUAUCAAAAUAUUUGAAAAACACUUCAUGAGACCAUAGUAUUCAGUGCCUUUUGUGAGACGGUGGGUCAUUUAGCCUUCAGCUUCCCCUGUUUUUGACGUAAAGAAAGCUCCUAUUUCACUGGCCUCAUCCAACAGUGAUUGUUCGAUCUUUCCCAUGUCAUUGCCUGUCAUGACAAUCACACUAUUGGCUUUCCAGUUAAAAUACAAAGGGAAGCUUGACAGUCUCUAAGUGAAUCUUAAACUAUUUUCCCUUGGGGCUAUUUACCUUAACAACAAUCUAAGAAUAAUUAAACUGUGAGCUUAAAAAAAGUAUCUUUGGGGUAAGAAAUGUCAUUUUUCAUGCCCAGCUACACUUUCAGUUAAGAGGCCAAUAAUUUUGGUGUCUCAAUAUUUAAACACACAACACAGAAAAACUGCUCAGCAUUUAUCAGUUGACAGACUGUGUUAAAGUUUAAUGUUUGGAUAGCAUUAGGAAGUAGCAGACUGUACAUUACAAAUGAUAUUAUUUUAACAGCCACAGCACUCAUGCACUCAAAUGCUGCUGCCACGUACAACUCAAGUGCUGGAGUAUUUUUCUACAGUCUCUCUAUUCUCCCAAUUAUCUUGCAAACCAGUGUUCAACUAGUUUUUAUAACCUAAAAGCUGCACAUUUUUCAUAGUACAAACCGUAGUUUUUACCUGUAGUUUGGACCUCCCUUAAAAUGUAGCCGCAUUCCCAGCUCUCUCAAAAGACGUCUGUUAAAGGAAAAUUCAGGUGUUAGAUUUUCUUGGGACCGUUUCUAUAACCUCUGCCCUUCACAAUAUAGAAAAUACUGGUUUCUGCCAUUACAUUUUAAUUCCAGAUUUAAAACCUGUUGAAAGCUGUAGCUUUACACAGCUUUCUUCACCCUGUGAAAUCAGCUUUGUUUAUGUGAUGGCAUUUAAAAAAUAGCAUGUUCUUUUUAAACUGAAUUUUAUAUCUAAUCUGUGUCUUCAGUCUUGAAGAAUUUGCAUUGUUGUGUUUGUAUAUAGGGUAUUGCAGUGCAUGAAUUAGCUUUAUGCAUUUUAUUAAAUGCUGUUUCAAUGUGGCAUUGUUGUGGCUUAAUACUACUACCUAAAUGAGGUUUAUACUAUUAAAAGUGAAUUAAAGACUAACAUGCAUCCUGCUGAUCAUUUCUCCUCAUAACAAUGAUGAUACCUGGCCCCCAGACAUGCCCAGAGCACCUUCACGAGAACCCUAGUAGCAGGUGCAGAUGCAGCAUCCUGGUGGUCACAUCUCUACAAUGCUCCGCCUCACACAACAGUGAUUUAGCCCUUCGUGGUCCACUGGACUUGUAAAUAGCUUUAGUAGAAAACUCUGGCAGGGGAGUCCACAUGUGGGCAGGCCCUGGGUGUGGAGGUAAGGAAGCCACUCAGACAUUUCUGCAGCAGAACACAGCUAGGCUGCUAGACCUCUCAGAAGCCAUCACAGACAGAUGUACAGAGCCAGGCCUCAAAGCAGCAAACUCAUCCCUAAGGACAUUUGCUAUCCAGGGUAAAAAUAUGUUCUUAAGGUUUCAGAAAGAACUUCCUCAUUAUGUCAUCGACCUCUCAUUUUACAGGUGAGAAGUCAGAUCCAUGACAGAACUUACUGCAGCCAAAUAGCUUUAAAUUGCAUUGCCAGGCAGUACCUCAAAACAAAAAGAAAAUUGGUCACCACUUCAGAAGGACAAGGCCAAAAGCCAUCUGAUGAGCACUGCUUGUGCAAAUAAAAUUG